AAUCCACAAUUUUGACGUAACCUGUUAGGAUUCACGUACGUCGCCUUUGCAAAACACGCACCGAACAGCUGUCGCGACUAGACGACGCACGAACGGCAUGUCUUCACUUCAACAGUAUUGCGAAGUAUGGCGACUUUGGCUAGGCAUGGUUUCUUCAGCAAAAGCAAAACACCACUUCGUUUAUUACAAGCAAAUGUGACCGCAUCGAAUUAUGCGACGAAAGCCGAAAAAAGGAAAGGUAUCGACAGGAAAGUAGGCCCCAAGAUCGUAUCGUCCGCGGAAUCUCUGGCGGCCAAGGGCUUUCUGCGUCCUCAGAAAGAGUACACUCCCCCCGAAGAUGUCAAAUCAAAACUGGAAGCGAUAUUCCAUUCUGUACUAGGAACAAAAGAGGGCCAAACACGCCUCGACAACCUAAGCUUACGCUUUCAAGUACUAAACACCUGUUACAAAGAAUUUCAACAUGGCAUUCCGAAUUCGCUGCUUCACACAAUCGAAACCACCAGUGAUGUGCAUAACUUCUACACGACUCCAUUAAGCACAAUCACUCCAUACGAAAACAUAAAGAAUAUGGAUGUACCACCCAAUUUACAUGUACAGUACGAGUACCAUCGCUUCCAUCCAGAAACUGAUACGAAGUUUGGUGGGAUUACUGCAUUCCCUCGCAGUUCGACAAUUGUAUCCGGACUGAAGUACAAAGAAAAGUACAAGGGUCAUCAGCAGAGGGAAAGUUGGCCGUUUACAACGUAGCCUUUAUUAUUUGAUAUUUACAUGAAAUAAUAUUAAUAAAAAAAUAGUUAAUCGAUCUUC